AAUUCUCACCAACAUCAACUGCACCCCAUUAAUUUCUUCCAAUAAAUGGUCCAUUACUGGCCCAAUUUUGAGCUUUCCCUUCGUUUAUGCUUAAUACUUGUACGACUUUUCAAUUUCAAUAAUAUUGAAACAUGAUUCUUCACCUUCUCCUCUUUUCUGUGAUUCUGGUAAUCGCAUCAUCAUCAUCAGCAGCAUCUGUCGGAGCAAAGUGCAAUCGCGUUUGUAAAGGAAGUAGUCGCGAUAUCCCAGUUCGUUUCCCAUUCGGAUUCUCCGACGGUUGUGAAGUCCCUCUUACUUGUGCAGAUACCGGAGAACUUCGUAUUGGCAACUACACGGUUCUGAAUCUAACCAGAGAUCAUAUACUGAUUAAUUUGCCGGCUAAAUGCGAUCGCCGGUUUGAAGAAAUCCGACUACUCAGAAACCAAAAUUAUGCCCUCACAAAGCGAAAUGAGUUGCUGUUGGGAAACUGUAGCGAGGGCUUGAAUAAAUGCGCGGUCUCAAUGAGUUACUAUAACUCAUCAAGUUGUAGAUUACCUAAUAGCAGCUUAAAUUGCUACUCAGAUGAUGACCUUGGUCGCGUAGAGUUUAUGACAAAUGAGUUUAUGGAUUUGACUAAAUUAGAUAUGGCCGAUUGUCGGGUUCUGUACUCGGCGAUUACCGUUGUUUUGGACGGAAACAGUACGCAGAGGUCGUCGUUGUCGAUGGGGUUUCAGUCGGCGGAGUUGGGGUGGUGGGUGCACGGGGAUUGUCAUUGCCAUCACCAAGCGGUCUGUGAGAACAUAUCAAUUUAUAAUGCGAUGGCGGGGUACCGAUGCUACUGCAAUAAGGGAUACGACGGAGAUGGAUUCGUCAACGGCGAUGGUUGCAGGAGAGUCUCAAAUUGCAAUGCUUCAAAAUACAUGUCUGGUGAAUGUGGUGGAACCACAAGAGUAGUUGUUCUAAUCGGAGGGAUUGUUGCGGGAGCAUCUUUAAUGUCCAUUAUAGCACUUAUUUGCUACUGCAUUAGAAAGCGAGCUAUUACAAGAAACCAAAUGAGUACAAAGCGCAUCCUUUCAGAAGCCACAGGGAGCUUCAAUGUACCAUUUUACCCCUACAAAGAAAUCCAAAAGGCAACAAACGGUUUCUCUGAGAAACAAUGGUUAGGUAUAGGAGCAUAUGGCACAGUUUAUGCUGGAAAACUCAACAGCAACGAAUGGGUUGCCAUUAAAAAGAUCCGACACAUAGAAAAUUAUGGAAUUGACCAAGUCAUGAAUGAAAUCAAGCUUUUAUCUUCUGUAAGCCACCCGAAUCUUGUUCGCCUUUUAGGGUUUUGUAUCGAAAAAGGCGAACAAAUAUUAGUUUAUGAAUUCAUGCCAAAUGGGACGCUUUGUCAACAUUUACAAAAGGAAAGAGGAAAUGGUCUUCCAUGGAGGAGAAGGUUGACCAUUGUGACUGAAACAGCACACGCGAUUGCUUAUCUUCAUUCUUCCAUGAACCCCCCGAUUUAUCAUAGAGAUAUCAAAUCCAGCAACAUACUUUUGGAUUACAAAUUCAGUUCAAAAGUUGCGGAUUUUGGUCUUUCUAGAGUUGGGAUCACGGAUGAGUCACACAUUUCAACUGCACCUCAAGGGACACCUGGCUAUGUGGACCCACAGUAUCAUCAAAACUAUCAUCUUUCGGAUAAGAGUGAUGUGUAUAGCUUUGGGGUUGUUCUUGUGGAGAUAAUCACAGCUUUGAAGGUGGUUGACUUGUCAAGGCGGAGCACUGAAGUCAACCUGGCGGCUUUAGCUGUAAACAAGAUCGGUCAAGGGCGUGUGGACGAGAUUAUCGAUCCGUUUUUGGAUCCGAAUAGGGACGCAUGGACGCUUUCGUCAGUUCACAAGGUUGCUGAGCUGGCGUUUCGGUGUUUGGCUUUUCAUGGAGACAUGAGACCUUCAAUGACAGAAGUUGCAGAUGAGUUGGAGAUGAUUAGAAUGAGUGGUGAGGAUGAUGUCAGCAUGACACCAUUAUCAGUCACCUCUUCUUCUUCGGUGGCGGGUGUAGGAAGCCGGAAAUUAGUGGUCCCACAGAUGAUAUCGAAUUGUUUGACUAAGUCAAAGGAGAAAGAUACGUCACCGGUGUCUGUGCGGGACCCGUGGUUAAGUGAACAGAGCUCACCCUCGACUAAUAGUUUGUUAGGCAACAUUGUACAGUGAACUCUAAUAAAUUGUGUAAUUUCUUGUUUUUUUUUUUCAAUCUUAAUCAUGUAUAAGAGUUAAGAGUUAAGACACAUCAC